GAAGACAGGAGAUGUGAAACGGCCAGUGGCGAGCUCAAGUUAUCGGGAAGAAAGUUGUUACAUGCAUAAUAGAUAUGACGGAUCCUAAAAUAUGCUUUAGGUAGCCAGAAAAGCAAAGGGUUUCCAAACGGUAGCAUCUUACAGGCGUGAGGUUCGCGACUGCCGCCAAGACGAGCCGGCGAGAGGUGUCGCGAUGUUCUAGCCAUGGACAGCAGGAUAAACGAGAAUCCUGAGAGAACAUUUGAUUUGGUGCUACAAGUGGCAUGUCCGUCGUCCGAAAAUGAAGAUCCGACAGUGCUGUGGAAGUUCCCCCAGGACUUCAGAGACCAGCAGGUCCUGCAGACUGUGCCCAAGUUCUGCUUCCCCUUUGAUGUGGAAAGAGUGUCCAAGAAUCAGGUGGGCCAGAACUUCACCUUUGUGCUCACCGACAUUGAGAGCAAGCAAAGGUUCGGCUUCUGCCGCCUGACCUCCGGCUGCAAGAUGUGCAUCUGCCUGCUGAGCUAUCUCCCAUGGUUUGAGAUCUUCUACAAACUGCUAAAUACCCUGGCAGACUACUUAAUGAAACGCCAGGAAAGCGACUUGAAUGACAUGUUGGAGACGCUGUACGAGCUGGCCGUGCCGAAGCCGAACACGCCCGUGAGUCUGAGUGUGGUGGCGAGCUCACCCCUGCAAAUCAUUCUCUGGACCUUCAGUGCCAAGCAUUCCUACUUCAUAGUGCCGGAUAUUAACGGACUCCCAACCAUACCUGAAAGUCGGAACUUGACGGAGUACUUUGUGGCAGUGGAUGUGACCAACAUGCUGCAGCUGUACGCCAGCCUGCUGCAUGAGCGCCGCGUCAUCAUCACGUCCAGCAAGCUCAGCACGUUAACCGCAUGUGUGCACGGAGCUGCCACCAUGCUCUUCCCCAUGCACUGGCAACACAUCUACAUCCCUGUCCUUCCCCCCCACCUGCUGGACUACUGCUGUGCGCCCAUGCCGUAUUUGAUUGGAGUUCAUCUGAGCCUGUUGGAGAGGGUGAAGAGCAGAUCCCUUGAAGACGUGGUCAUACUUAAUGUGGACACCAACACCAUAGAGAGCUCCAUAGACGAUCUGCACAACCUGCCCAGUGAUGUGGUCUCUAGUCUGAAGAGUAAGCUGAAGAAGCAGUCGACGGCCACAGGCAGUGGAGUGGCUCGCGCCUUCCUGCGCUCCCAGGCUGCGCUGUUCGGCUCCUACCGAGACGCUCUCAGAUACAAACCCGGGGAGCCAAUCACAUUCUGCGAGGACAGCUUUGUGGCGCAUCGCUCCAGCACCAUGCGGAGUUUCCUUGAGAUGGCUGUGAACCUGCAGCUCUUCAAGCAGUUUAUUGAUGACAGACUGGCCAAAUUAAACGCGGGAAGAGGUUUCACGGACAUCUUUGAGGAGGAGAUCACAGAGGGGGGCUUCUGUGGAAGUAAUUCAUGGUCUUAUCAACAGUGGAUGCACUCGGUGAAGAAAGGAGUGAAUAAGGCAAGCCCAGCUGUGAAAUCUGCAUACAAGAUUGCCAAAGUUCGUGCGAGAAAAGGCUUAUGGGGUGUGAAGGACAGGAUAAGACACAAGGAGGCUGAGGAAGAAGAUGGCCUGUGCCGUGCCGAUUCUCCCACCAGCACUAAAAGCCUCUCACCCAGGAGGCUUCAGAAGAGAAGGCAUGAGCGUCAAAAGUCCCCCAUGAGCAUGGGCUUUCCGGAGUAUGUCAUCGACGGGGAAGACGAGCUGGACACAGCCAGCAAAAUCUCCUCUGAGGACAGUGGCGAGAUGCCGUCCUACACAGAGGACAGUGAUGACUCAUAUGAGCUGGAGCCUGAGACAAAAGAGGCAGGGCAGAUGAAUUUGCUGGAGGAGAUCCUCGACUCCCUGAACACCACCAGCAUAGAGCAGGGCAAGCUCUCUGCUGCCAAGAGCCUCGACUUCUUCAGGUCCAUGGACGACUUGGACUGCAGCCUCUCGAACAACGCCAAGUCUCCGUCUGCGAGCGGUCCAGGUCAGGGCAGCUCGGUGGUUGGAGUGGGGGGUGGAGAGCCAAGUGGCCGGAACAUGGUGCAGGACGACAGCAUCGUCCAUGGCAAGCAUCUCCCACCAUCCCCUCGCCGUCAGUGCAGCACCCGUUCUUGGUCAGCUCCUAUCACCAAACCCAGCAAGGAGCUCGCAGGCACAGAGCUCCCCCAACUCUCACAGAGGAGCUCCCAUCCCGACCCACUCUUACAGCCACCGGUGUCCGAGGUGGCUAAGGCCACCGAGCCACCCACUCAGCCGGACAGUCCCUUGGACCCACAGCCGAACCCAGACGGGCAGAGGCCAGCUACCUGUGGCGUCCUCCGGAGGAAGGUCCUCUCCAGAGAGACCCUGAGGCACUUCCAAGAGCGAUCCCAGCAAGGAGGAGCCUGCCCGAGCAACAGGCAUCCCUCGGUGCUCGUGCCCUGGGAGAAGGAGCAGGAGGGCCAUGGGGAAGGGACGCAGGAGCACCAAGAGAAACUGGGGGUGCAGGAAAAAGGCUUGCUGGAGGAGAUCGAGGCCGUGUGUCGGCUCAGCAUGGCUAUGAACUCCAGUCUGCAGCUCGCGCAAGUCCACAACAAUGCUGGGCUGGACAAGAGCUGAGCUCAAGCCUCUCUGAGCACACGCAUCCUCUUGCGCCCAUUACUCCUGUUGCAGUCCUUCCCCUUUCUGCAUCAGAGCUACUGGAGGCUGGGUGUUAAUUGUGUGUUCUUUCAACUAGUGUAUCAGCUAUUGUGAAAAUGAUUAAUGUUCAAUAUGAAAAGCAUGUAAAACGGGCAUAUUGAAAGGAAACAAGUGAGUUUUACUUAAAACAUAGAAAAGCUACAAUUUUUUUUCUCUCUCUCUGUGUGUGUGUGUGUGUGUGUGUGUGUGUGUGUGUGUGUGUGUGCGUGCGCGCGCACAGUAGUUGCACAAUUAUUUGGUUACUGUACCUUACUGUGUUUUAACAACAAAGUUCUGUCCAGAUUAACGUAUUUUUCCACAUGUUAAAAAGAGAAUUCUAGCCUAACAAGAUGCCUUAAACUGAGUCCUGAUUUGCUUCUGGCACUGCACAGUGAUAUCAGAUAGUCAUUCUGCAAUCAUGAGAAUAUAUAUAUAUAUGAAUGCUACCUUGGGUCCUCUGGAGCUGUAGGUCAGUUUUAGUCCUCCAUGACAUGUUUUCUGGAGGUGUAUGUAUGUCGCUCCGAGAGUUGCUAUGGGCUAUGUAGUUGCUUUGUAGGUAAUUGAUGAAAUGUUUAUUUUUAGAGAUGUUUUCCAAGACUAUUCUCAGGUGUUUUUUUGUUUUUGUUUUUUUAUUUUUUUCCGUCUAAUUAGUAUUUAUAUGUUGACUCUGGGCUUGCCUUGUCAUAGAUUAAGCCAGGACACAUAUUGAAAUAAUUGAGUUAUAGGUCAACAUACAGUUAACGAUGAAUUGUUCCAGUUUCGUCUGCACAGUAAGUCACAUAGCCUUAACAUGUACAGUGGUGGCCAGUAUACAGCACCUUGAUUUAACAUUUUGCCCAUUUGCCUAUUUCAGAAGCGUGACCCCCACUGUGCUGGACAUGAGCAGAAUAAUUGGUCGCAAAUUUGGUAAACUUCUCCCUCGACCUUGAUCAUUGUUUUGGUACUGAGGAUUGUGAACUUUCAGAAAAACGUCUUGUAACUCGGGAAUGAUGAUGACAUAGCUGACUCCAUUGGAGAGAUUUAAGCUCUUCAGUUCAGUUUCCUUUAACUGUUCACUCCCAGACUAUGUUGAAGUGAAUGUGUGAAUAGACAUGUCAGUUUUGCAGGGCACUUUUUUCCCAUUUGGGAUGAUUGUUUAGGUGUUUAGGGAUACUGAUUUAUUCCAAGGGCCAUUUUCACCUUUAUUUUAAUGCUGUCAUUUAACCUGGUCAUACCAUGAUGCCCCUGUAAUGUUCAUUUUCUGAAUGGCAGAAGCUGAGCCUGAAGGCUCAUGAACAAAUAAGCAAGAGAAUUUUGUUGCACUUUCAUCAAAAUAUAGGAAGGUGCUAAAUCGGAACCCUGAUGAACUAUGCAAAUGCAAUUUUGAUGUUCUGAGCCAUGUAUUAGACCUUUGCAAUAACAAUAUUAUGAAUAUCUCUCAAAGUUGUAUAUGGUAAAUGCAGCUAAAAAUGUUUAAAAGAAUCAGCUGUAUUCUAAACUGCUGCUAAGAUGGAGAUUUGAGGAGCACAUUAAUGGUACUGAGCUUCAAAUAGUGAAAGUGGAAAAAGUUGGAAGUAGUUGCUAAUGAAAGUGUAAGACCAAUGAGCAAAUUAACAGAAUUGUUUUUUCUCACCUGUCUCAAUUCUUAACCAAACUGGUGUUUUCUAAAUUAUAUUAAAUUUAAUUAAGAUGUUCACCCACCAGCCACUUUAAUAAAAACACAUGAUGGGUGUAUAGUUUUGGUCAUUUUAUUUACAAACAGUUUGUCUUCCUGUAGCCUUUCAUCGGUAGUCAGUUUGUGACUACAGGACUGACCACUCUUGGACUAGCAGUGAUGCAUGGAGAAACGUGAACCAGCUGGGUUGAGAAUGGUCAGCCACCAAAAUAAUGUCCAAUCAGCAAGGGGUCCUGUGGCAGGAAACUGACCAGUGAAGAUGGUGGUAGAGGCUACGUUUUGAAUUGUGCAUGCCAACUGAUGGACCAAUUAUAUAUGGCUUGUAAUUCUACCCUUACAUAAUGGCAAUACCUAAUAAAGUGGUCAUAAAGUAAUGGCACAUGGAAGGUGUGUAAUAAAGUGGCUGGAUAGUGUAGAUAUGUAUUGCAGUUAUUAGGUACAACUUUUGCUUUGCUAGUUAUUUUAUUUCUGCUCCUGGAACAAUGUCCACCAAAUGGUUGUCAUAAUUUUGACAUAAUUGUUGAUCCAGAGAGAAUUUUCUGAAGAAAGAUAUUUUGUAUGAGGUUUGAAUAUCUAAAUGUCAUUCCUGCGUGUUGGGAAAGCAAUAGCAUGGUCUGCUUAGAAUCUGUUGAAAGUCAAAGGUGUGCCUUAAGUGAAGAAUAAAUCCUACUCAACACUGAGCAGGUACAGUACUUUAUGCCAGGUCUAUCUUAAUUUCUUUCUACAAUUUGUCUCUUCUACAGUGUUUUCAUGCAAAUUGCACAUUGAUAGCUGUAUUAUUCUAUUUAAUUAGCUUUUUAAACGAACUAACAAAAUACCUUGACUAAAAAGCUUAAAAAGUUCAAGCUUAAAAAGACUUGAACGUUAUAGAAUUGAAUGUUAUUGUGUUAAUUCAGUUCUUGCGUGAUGAUUGAUGAGACAUUUAAGGUACAUAAAUUGAAACGUUUCAGUAGUUUGGAUGUAAUACCACAAGCCCAUUCUGAUCAAAUGAGCACAAAAACUGUAGAUGUGCUGUCAGUAUUAAGUAUUUAAAACCUGCCUGAAAUCAUUUCACCGCAUGCCACUGACAUUUCAUUUAAAAAGGCAAAGUACACUCGUUUGCUACAUUGGUGUAACAUAAAAAAAAAAAAAAGAUUAUUUAUUUUGCCCCGUUUUUGUUAAAUCAGACUUCUUUUUGUCAAUAGCAAUAUAUUAAGCCCUCCUCCCCAUCUUACCUCUCAUAUUUUACUGAGUUACUCAAUUAACUUUUAUUUUUGAUUGUCACAUAAAGCAAUUUGUAGAAUUAUAUUUUAACAUCUUUUUGUACAAAAUUCUGGUUGGGUUUUAACUUAAUGUAGACCUUACCAAGUUUGCAUGACUACUUUUUUAAUGGUCAUUGCUUUUUUCAGUCAUAACACUACUGGGCACCAGGCUGUUGGCAAAUGCAUGUUUUGGGUAAUACUUGAUCUGUGGUACAAUCAGUUUAGUAAAGUCCAGUGCUAUAUAAAUCUUGGUAAAUAUCCAUUUCUACUGUUUACAGGUGAUUACUGCUGUUGCGCUGUCUUAGCUUAUAAACUAAAAGGUUUUAACUAUUGUUCUUUCUUUCACAAUACUUGAGUUGCUUUAAAAAGUGCAUGAUAAAAUCUGUUUAAUUGAACAAAAGCUUGCCAGAUUGCAAGUUUGAGUAUAUUAAUUUGUGAUCUUAUGUAAAGUAAUAUUUUACUUCAAAUAUUUUUUUCAGGUUAUUUUGCUUUAGAGGUUUUUGUUUUUUGGUUGUUUAUUUCUCUGAUUUUACCGUGGAGUUGUUGAAAAUUGUACAUUUUAGUGUACACCUGUUGUUUUCCAGCAUGUUUUAGUAUGUUCAAACAAAUCUUGGACUCAAAUUUUCCUCUUCAAGAGAUUCUGUGUAAACUGGUGAGUGAUCUUGAAUGUUUAGUCCUAAUUGUUGGAAGAAUGGUUCUGUACAUUGUACCCGAGCUCCAUAUAGUGAUUUGUGGCUUUAAGUGCGUUCUUGUUUUCAAAGUCAGCAUGUGUUAGUUGGAGCAGAUUCCCUGUUCCAGUCCAGCCCUGAGAGCGCUCUCUGCUUCUCUGCCUAGACACUAGGGUAGAACCUGAGCACUCUGGGAGAUUUUAAGCUGCAUUAACUUUGUACUGAGUCUGGGUGCAAUAUAUAAGAAAACAUAAUGCUCUAAAUUGUACAUAUUAUAAAUGUAGACAAAGUCUCUUGAUUUUGUUUUAACAUACUGGCAUGUAGAAUUCAUAAUCAAAUUCCUAUCCGAAUCAGAUUCCUAGAGUAAGCACAAAUAUAUCACAAAAAACUGUCAGGUACUAUAACAGAAGUGUAUCCUUUUGACUUUUGAUCCUAAGCAACUCCAAAUGCAGUUGCAUGUCCUCUGCAUAGAAGUAAUAGUGUUCAAAGCACAGUGUAGAUUAAUCUGACGCUGUUACUUCAGGAACCACUGGUACAACUAUAUACACUGUGAAAUAAGAAUAAAUUCUAGAUGUUUAUGCAACUUUCA